AUGGCAAGUGUUCAACCUAGCCUUAUUUGCCCGCAGGCACAGUCUUUGGUUGCUGCUGGUCUCCAGUCUCGGAUCCUUCUACCGACGGAUGCUGAGUACACCAGUCGAAACGGCUCCUACUGGUGCAACAACGCGAAACUGAAGCCGGCAUGCAUCGUACAGCCGCGAUCUUCCUCUGAGGUCGCGCAAGCCCUUCUAGCGCUUGCUAAGAAUCAUCAAGCAUUUGCCGUGCGUGGGGGUGGACACAUGAACUGGGCAGGCAGUAACAACAUCGAUGAUGGUGUGACAAUCGACUUGGGCUUCCUAAAGUCAACACAGUACGAUCACAAUAACCAGAUAGCACAUCUGGGGCCUGGUGCCAAAUGGAAAGACGUCUAUGCUGAGCUGGAAAAGCACGGGCGUGCAGUCGUCGGCGCACGCGAGGCCGAGUGCGGUGUUGGUGGCUUCCUACUCGGGGGAGGCUGUAGCUAUCAUACACCGAGUCACGGCUUUGCCUGCGAUAAUAUUUUAUCAUACGAGGUGGUACUGGCAGAUGGGCGCAUUGUCAAUGCGGACGUAGAGGGAGCGCACAAAGACCUAUUCCGUGCUCUCAAAGGCGGGGGAAACAACUUCGGCAUCGUCACUUCCUUCAGGAUGGGUACCAUACCUAGUGGUCCUAUCUGGGGUGGGUUGGCUUUGCGAUCACUGGACGUUCUUCCUGCCGGUGCCGGCGCAUUGGUUGACUUCACUCAGAACCAUGAAAAGGAUCAAGAUAGCAAUUUGCAACUAAUAGUAGGCCACCAGCCCAGAUUCGGUGGUGAUGUUGUCAUCACCCUCUGCAACAACAUGGCUGCCAUCGAGAAUCCGCCGGCUCUGCAGAGAACCCUAGCGCUGCCAGAGACUAUGAGCAAUUUCAAAACGACCGCUCUGCAGGAGAUGUUGACCUACACAUCAUUGCCUACUAGCUUUCACAACGUUUGGUUCACCAUGACCUUCAAGAACGAUUCUGCUAUCAUCCAAAGAGCGGCUGAGCUACAUCAAAAGCUAGCGAAGGAUCUCAAGGCAAGAAUUCCGGAUGGAGAUUUCACCUCGCAUGUCGCCUUCCAGCCCCUUCCCCGUUUGUUCGUGGAAAGGUCUCUGGCCAUGAACCCAAGCGGCAAUGUGCUUGGCCUGGAGAAAAAUAAGAAUGAUGCAAUCCUCAUGCAGGCUUCGGCGAGUGUUCGCACACAUGAGCUUGAGGAAUGGGUCAGGCCGAAGGUCCGAGGUAUAGUUGAGGGCGUCCGAGCCUUCGCCGCCACAAUCGACGGGGGCGUCGUUCCUUGGAUCUAUCUCAACUACGCUCACUCCAGCCAAGACGUUUUACAGAGUUACGGGGUGGAGAACGUCCAAGUCCUCCGCGAGGCAGCGUCUAAAUACGAUCCUGAAGAAGUCUUUCAAAAGCUUUGCCCUGGAGGGUUCAAGCUUCCCCCUGAGGAAAGGGACUGA